AUGCCCAAAUCUCCCGAGUGUCUCAGCUGCAGCCUUCCAUGUUCGACCACGAGCUGCAAGACUCGCCCAAACACACACGCCUCACCCUCGCACACAGUCUCCCUGAGCAACUGCGUGGGGCGACCUUGCGCGAUCCAGCGGCAGCGUGACGAUGGAGAUCUCGUUGUCGACGAUGUCGGCCACGGCGAGAGGUUCCGGUGUGGGUGCUUGUUCUUGCUUGCUUUAUCCCACAAGAAGAAGCAUGCAUUGCCGCAUGUCAGCCGAUCACAAGUUGCAACGGAGGCCAACCAAGACGGACAAGAAUCAACAGGCACUGCCUCGAGAGCAGCCUCUCUCGAGAAGUUCGAGUGCGAGUCGUGGUCUUCAUCCGCCAUACUGGAUGGCGACGGCGACGACGUGCAGUCCUACUUCGACCUACCAUUGGAGCUGAUCAGGAGUAGCCGGAACGGGGCGAAUUCGCCGGUCAAGGCGGCCUUCGUGUUCGAGAGCGACCGGAAGGGGUCGCUGAAGAGGAGCACGUCGAAGUUGGCCCCGCGGAAGUCGCACGAGCUGUCGAAUCGCCAUGUCAAGUUCUCUACGUCGCCGGCUUCGUAUCCGGCGUCGCCAUCCUCUUAUUGCACCAUCAGUCCGCGAAUGCAGAAGGCCAGAGAGGAAUUCCAUGCGUUCUUGGAAGCACGCAAUGCAUAA